UCUCACUCUCCUCUGACUGUGUCAUCUCCUUUAAAUACCUUUUUAUCUUCUCUUCGUCUCUUCAUUUUCUCUUCUCUUCUUUCCCUGUGUGCUUUCCUUUCAAUUCCCACGCCUUUUUCUUUCUUUUGCACAAGUUUAUCGAAACUUGUGAUGCUCCACAGAACAGAAAUUAAGGUGCACGGUUAUUACAACAAGCUAAAAGGAGGGAUUAUUGUUAUUUUUUAUUAUUAAUAGUAGAAUCGCGUUCCAAUUAGGGCUAUGGAAGGUUGGGGAAAUGGUAGGAGUAAUGCGAGAUGGUUAGUGUUAGUGCUAGUGGUGGUGGCGGUGGUGUGUGCGGAGAAGAAGAACGAAAAUAAGAAUGCAUAUGCGACUAUGAUGUACGUGGGAACUCCGAGGGACUAUGAAUUUUACAUAGCAGUCCGUGUUCUUCUCAGAUCACUCGCUAAGCUUAGUGUGCAAGCUGAUCUUGUUGUCAUUGCUUCCAUUGAUGUUCCUCCCAGAUGGAUUCGAGCUUUUGAAAAGGAAGAUGGUGCGAAGGUAGUGAGAGUAGAGAACUUUGAGAACCCUUACAAAGACCAAGACAACUUCGACAAAAGGUUCAAGUUAUCGCUCAACAAAUUGUACGCGUGGAACCUGGUGGAGUACGAUAGGGUCGUCAUGUUGGAUGCAGACAAUCUUUUUCUCCGGAGAACCGAUGAAUUGUUUCAGUGUGGACAAUUUUGUGCUGUCUUCAUCAACCCUUGCGUCUUUCACACUGGUCUCUUCGUCCUCCAG